GCACAGCCCUCCUUCCAAUUGCUGGAGAGAGAGGGGGAGUGUGAAAGAGAGAGAGUUUAAGGCAGGCUCUGCACUGGUGUUCUGGGCUAUUUCAACUUCGGGGCAACUUUAGAGAACUUCAGUUAUUUUUGGUUCUGCACGACAGCUGAGACCGGCCGAGCCUCCAGGAGAUGCUGAUGCUGAUGCUGAUGCAGAGGAGGAAGAUUCUGUUAAUGAAGUGGCAGUAGAAGACAUCCGUCCAAGGCCACAAGGAUCCUCUCCAGUUUAUGAAUAUUCCAUAGAAGAAGAAUAUUUAAAGCUUCAAGAAGAAAAUAAAAAAUAUCCUACAGACAAAUCAAAACAGAGUCAUCCACAGGAGACAAUGGAAGUGACCCUGAAAACAGAAGUGGAAGCUGGUGCUAGUGGUUUUAGUGUGAUGGGUGGAGGACAUGAAGGAAUAUUUAUCAAAAAAGUACUUAAGGAAUCUCCUGCUUCAAAAAUAUUUAGUCUGAGAGAAGGUGAUCAGCUUCUAAGUGCUACAAUAUUUUUCGAUAAUAUCAAAUACGAAGAUGCACUCAAGAUUCUCCAAUAUUCCGAGCCAUACAGAGUCCAAUUCAGCCUCAAAAGAAAAAUUGCUGGGAAAGAAGAGCUAGAACACAUUCACUCCACAGCCCAGUACAAAAAGGAAAGAUUAAGCCAGGAAAAAGAACUCAGUGAGAGCAUUCCUGAAGAAACACUGCAUGUUUCAGGAAAAGACAUUUCAGAAGAAGACAGAGAAACAUUAAUUGUAAGCCAAAGGGUAGGAAGAAGCAAGAGACCUAAAAAAGAUAGAUUAUCAUGGCCGAAAUUCCAGUCAAUUAAAAAUAAAAAGAUACUGGGGCACAGAAGAUCUCACAGUACAUCAGAUGCGUAUGAGCCUGCUAUACAGGAUGUUUCCCCUACAAGCACAGACACAGAGUCUCAAUUUCAACAGGAAGUCCAUAUCAAAGAAAAAAAAGGAAGCCAAAAGAAACUGAAGUUCCCUAGCAUUGGAUUCAAAAUGCACAGAUCCAAGCCAGAAACACAAGACAAGCAAAAAAAAGAAAUAAAAACUACACUGUUAUCUGAAAGAGAAAAAAUACAUAGAGAAGACAUCAGCCUGGAAAAUCCUGAAAUACUAACUGUGGAAUAUACCACUUCUCCUGCUUAUGAAAUUAAAACUGGGGAGGCACAUGAAACUUUAAUGAAAGACUUAAAAGAGACGAAAAAUGGCAUUCCAUCUCAUAUGAAAAAAUGCCCUGAAGUUGAAAUAAGCACUAAAAAAGAAAAAGACAAGGAAUCAACAGCAAAAUUUACUGCACCUGAAGUACCAGCUAUAACAACGCAGAUACCAAAGCCCAGUUUAGAAACACCUGAUCUGAAAGAAAGCCCAACUAAACAAACACCACAAGCCUCAACAAAAUCCCGGAAAAAGAAACAGAAAGGAACAGCAGAUAAAGCAGAAAGAGAAAGUGGAAUUAACGUAGACAUGAUGGGUGAGACACCACAAGGAUCUAUAAAAGUAAAAGGCCUAGAAAUAGGCACUGCUAAAGCAGAAUUACACACACCACCUGACACAGUGGAAACAGGAGAAAAACAAGCAGAAGAUGACACACAAAUGCUAACAAUUGUGGAUGUGAAACCUCAAAUGCCUGAUGCAGAAUCAGAAAUAUCUACUUGGAAAAUACAAAUGCCCUCAUUCAAAAUGGGCAAGACUCCUAAAGCUGACAUGAAAAUAUCAAGUGAAGAAAGGAUAGUAGAAUCAGUAGAUACUAUAAAAAACACACAGACAGAAGAAGAUGACAUGCCCAGUAGUGAGAAAAAGACAGAUAUUGGCAUAAAGAUAGGAGAAAAGGAUAUAGAGGGAAAAGAAAGCAAAUUCAGACUGCCAAAGCUUAAAUUACCUACAUUUACAUGGGCACAUACAAAGGAGGAAACAGGGCAAAGUGAAAGUCAGUUAAGCGACAGAGACAGAAAAGUGCAACAGGAAGAAAAAUCACUAGAAGCAGGCACAGAAACAGCGAUAAGUGUGUCAGCAGCCAAAAUGAAGAUUCCAAGUGCAGAAAUCGAAAUCGAGAUAUCCAGAGAAAAAAAAAAUGAAAAGGAUAUAGAACAAUUGUUGGAAGGAGAGAUGCCAGCUGCGAACAAUCUAAAUCUAAAAACUUCCUCAAAAGAGAAUCAUUUGAAAGAAACAGAAAGAGAAAUACUGAUUACCAAAGCUGAUACUGAAAUGAAAACAACUGAG